UCGGUGGAUUUUCGUCUGACCGGGUACACACGAUCGAGGAAUUGGAAAUUUGAGAUUUUGAGUUUUAAAUUGUAAUUUUGAGGAUUUUUUUUUUCAACGGGAAAUCCUGGAGGUGGGACAUGGCGAAUUGUAAGGGAAGCUAUUGUCUUUUACUGGUUGUUCUUGCACUUGUCGGCGAUCAACUGCAGAUACCUGUGGUGACAUGUCAAGAGGACGACGUAUCAACCCGCUGCCUCCCCCGUAAAACCUUCUACGCAUUCCUCCGUCUACCGGAAGUGAGUUCCAACCUCGCUGCCUAUUCCCGCACCGCCCGCAUAAUCCAGGACGCGAGAAACGAUUUUAUUCACUUGAAGACUCUGAGCACCCCCGGACGCGAAGACAGUGACGACGCGAGGAUUUGUCUUCCGGCGAUAGUCUACUACGAGAUAUUCAGUGAUCCGACGAUGCGAGCGCACCUGAAUGCCAUCGAGCGCGCCCAGAAGAUGGUCGAGGACCCGGAGCGAGUGGAUGAGACCGGGUUUUUCGAUUCUGAGAAGAGGAGUCUCGCUACGCUCGCUAAGAACGGAGAUCUCCCGGCUUCCAUUCAGGAGAGGGUGCAGGAGAGACAGGAGGACGGGGAGAAACGGAGUGAGGCGAGUCUGACGCCUGAGGAGCUCCUGAAGCUGUACGUCGGCGAGUCCUCCGGGGAGAAGCCGACGGAGAUGGGCUACCCCCUCCCCCGGAGUUCCCUGGACACCGAGCCGGAGGACUUCUUCACCGGCAAGCGGAACAUCGCGGCCCUCGCCCGAGAGUACGCCCUCCCCGGACGCCGAAAUAUCGCGUCGAUGGCGCGCGAAUUCGGUCUCCCCAGUGGCAAGAGGAAUGUCGGCGCCCUCGCCCGCGACAGAGAGCUCCCCUCGGGGAAGAGGAGCCCCCCCUACACCCUCGGGAGGUUCUUCGUAAUCCCCGUAACCACCGGAAAGAGAAACGUGGGCUCUUUGGCCAGAGACUCUGCGCUUCCUCCUUAUGGCAAACGGGGAAUCGCUAGUUUAGCCAAAAACGGAGAUUUCCCUUUUCCAAAGAGGAACGUGGGGACGUUGGCCAGGGACUGGAGCCUCCCGCAGUCCAGGCAUGGAAGGUCGCUCGACGAGGAGGAGAUGAAGGACGCGGUGGUCAAUCGGAGGGUCGGGGAGGACGAGGGGAGCAAUGGCUCCAGUCCCUUUGAGGCGCAACUCAAUGAUGUCAAGGCGAGGGGAAAGAGACAGGCGGAUUACACUGAUGAAUAUCCACUUCCUGUUAUGCAGAAUACUAAUGUACUGGAUUAUGAGGAUAUCAUUGAGGCCAUUGCUAAUGGAUUCCCACAGGCGGCUAAGAGAUUUAUGGGAGCAGGUGCCUCAUUGGACGAUUGGCAGGAUGAUGAUGAUACAGUGCCAGUGGGUUAUCACGGGCCUUAUCAACCAAGUAAGAGACAUAUCGGGGCUCUGGCACGCCUCGGUUGGCUACCAUCCUUCAGGGCAGCACGAUUCUCGCGCUCCCCGAGAUAUCUGGUCGGCAGGGAGGAUUCCGCAGAUGGGACCACGUCCGACGACACCUCCGACUCGUCGACUCGGUCGUUAAGUGCACAGAGAAGAGGCUCAGGGACCCGCUACGAGCAAUCACUCAAGGGUGAUUGUCGACAUGGCUUCAGGCGAUAUCUACUGAUACCAACGAAUGACAAUUAUAUCGAUCAAAAAUUACGUUACUCCAUCGAUUUUUAAUCGCACUUAAUUAACAACUAAACCUCGAAAAAAAUCUAUACAAAAAAAAAUUGAUUAAUGAAUUUUAAUUGAUCGAUCGCAGAUCAGAAUAAAAUAAUAAUUUCUCGCAACUCAUGUUACAUUGAAUUGUUGACAACCUGAGUUGAAACUAAUCCACGUAAUUAAAUUUUUAAUCAAAAUCUUCAUUCAACAGUCUAAUUGUAAAUUACACCUAGUCAGAAAUUCAUUAGAGUACCGAGUGUAAAUAAAAAUCAAACUUCAGGGGCACGAGAAAAUUUAUGAAAACACGAAAUUAGCCGGAUGAAUUAUUCAUUAUUUCUUCUUUCCUCCCUUUUUCAUCUCGAGUUUAUGUCUCUCACCUUUUUAAUUAGAAAAAUGUCAGAGCUAUUACGGCGGGUUCUUGUGAUUAAAUGAGCGCAGGAGAGAGUUAUGGAUUCUAUAAUACUCGUUACUAACAUUUUUACUCAAUUCCGUAGAGCAGUCAGAGAAUUUAUUAAUCGUAAAAAAUAUUUGAAAAAUUUAUUUAGAGAAUUUAGGAGUGGAGUGAAAACGUAAUCGAUUCAACAUCACUAAUUACUGAGAUAAUUCGCAAUUUAUAAUUGGUAAAUAAUUAUUCAGGGGGAAAUAUGAAGAGAUUUUGUUUUAAGCUGAGGAAAUUCUCCAUAAAAUGUCUUUUGAGUUUUCAUUUUUAAUAUUUAUAAUUUUUUUUAUUCUUUAGUUUCAUAAAUUAAUAAAAUAUGCGAUGUCAAUGAAAUACUUUUUCUUAAAUUCCACUUCACUCCUGAAACUCAAAUAAAAUAAAAAUCACCGACGAGUUAUCACGGGAACGUGAGACGCUUCAUUCGUUGAUAAAUAAGUAAUGAGAAUAUUUUUAACAAGUACUAAAAAUUCAUUUCACUUAAAACCUCGGACUUUUUAAAGUUUUGUCUUCACAUCAGUAAUCGUAGUGUCUAGUAGCCGACUAAAAACGUAAAAAAGUUAAAUGUGUAUAAAAUAACUGUAGAGGAAUAGAUUCGAGUGGGAUCACAAUUUUCGGUGGUUGAAUUGUGAUCCGGGGAAUUAUAAAUCUGUCAUCAAGUGGAGGAGAAAAAUCAGGGGGUGAUAUCAUUGGCAUCUGUUUUGAUCCGUGUCCUUAACAAAAUGAUGUUGACAGAAAUGUCAGGAGAUAUUUUCUCAGACCUGAUCUCGCCCCUGAUAUUCUCCCUUCAAUCCCACUUGAUAACAAAUUUUCACUCAGGAUCCGCUUUGGUGACUCAUAAUGCGCGCAUGAGUUAGUUUAGGUGCUUUAGGAUACACGUAAUGAUAUUGAUAUUUGCUGUGAAUGACAUAUAAACUCUCUGUGUCUCAAGGGUAUUUUCAUUGCUUAUUCAUUUCAUUAAACCAAAAAAAAUAGAAAAUAAUGUGAUUUAUCUGAUGACAAUAAACGGCUAAAAUUAUUCA